AGCUGAACAUCUUUUCACUGUUGUGAAAAGUCGGGGGAGGUAAAGUGUCAUGCGGCUUGACAGUGUGAUUUCACACGUUGCAUUCUGCAGUUCUGAAAGUUGCCCUCAGGGUAUUAAGCCAAGUAGAGUCCUUUGGUAUCAGAGAACGCCUGGCAAAAUGAACUAUACAUGCAACGACUACGCAUCUCAAAUCUAUCCACUUCCUCCCAUGUACAGUAUUGAAAUGUGUGUGGCUUUGGCAGGUAAUUUAUUUGCUCUGUGGCUCCUGUUGGUGAGAGAAAGACGGAACUGGCACACGGGAGUCGUGUUCUCCUGUAACCUGGCCAUCUGCGACGUGAUUUACGUCCUAACCUUGCCUUUGCUCAUCAUUUACUAUGUCAAAGAGAAGCAAUGGACAUUCGGAGUUGCCGCGUGCAAAAUCGAACGUUUCCUGUUCAACUGCAACCUAUAUGUCAGUAUUUUCUUCAUCAUGUGCAUCAGCGUCAACAGAUAUCUUGCAAUCGUCUACCCAUUAUUCACUCGCAGCCACAUUCGUCCUAAACACGCGAUGAUCACGAGCGCUGUGGUGUGGCUCACAGUAGUCAUCACUUUAACACCAGUCCUUGGAUUUGCCGGAACGCAUGUUCGAGACAAUAAAACUCUUUGCGUUUCGUGUUUUGAAGACGCACUGGAUUCCUCCCAUUUUAAGUACACAGUGUUUCUCAUGGUUGUGGGAUGCAUGCUUCCUUUGCUAGUAACCUUGGCAUCUUAUCUGGGUGUGAUUUGGACAGUUCUGAAAAAUGAAAACAUUACCACGCUGGAGAAAAGAAAAGUAGCUCUUAUGGUCUCUAUAGUCUGUGUCCUUUACGCCAUAUCGUUCGUGCCUUAUCAUGUGCUGCAGACGUAUCGGGUGUACCUAAGAAUGAACCUUAUUUUUAAGUGCUGGGUGAAUUAUUCAUAUCAAGUGACAAAAGUUCUGGCCACCUUGAACAUGUGCAUACAUCCGCUUCUGUACAUGGCGGUUUUUGACAGCAUACGGACGACUUGCUGUGGAAAAAGCUCAGGCGAGUAAGCUGUGAGAGAAGCGUCUAAAUGCAGCAGACGCUUGUUUUCCGGAUUGCAAACCACAAACCAGUGUUGUGCCUAAUUUGCAACCCCCACCAGAUUCCGACUUCUAUUUCUUCUCUACUCUUUAUAUAAGAAUAAUAAAAAACCUCUUAUUUAGCUCCGUAUAAUGUGUUAGGUUAUAUGAGACCAGUCUUCUUUUUAGAUUGCACUUAUGCUUUUGUUGUCCUUAUGCUGUCCCAAUUGCUUCCAUUGCUUACCCCACCUGUAAGUCGCUUUGGAUAAAAGCGUCUGCUAAAUGACUAAAUGUAAAUGUGACUGUCAAUUUUGGCCGCAUAACGUUUGUUUACGUUGCUGGUAAAAUCCUCUCAAUCUUGAAUUCAAAUUCUUGAAUUCAAAGAUUGUUAAAGCUUACGCCGUAGUAUAGAUUUGUACUGAAGAUGCUAACCAAGACGGCAUUUCUAAGAGAGGAAGUAAAACAUUUAGGGUUCAGGCCUUGGGUGGUGUUUUUGUUACACUGCCAAUGUUUAUGUAGUGGAAGUGCAACAUUAUUCAUUUUCAAAUCAAGAUAGCAAUAAAGAUGUGUGUACAUAUAUGCUACUUUGUUUGUUUUAUCCCUAUAAUAAGCAACCUAGACAUCAUAUUUGACCCCGUCUGUGAAAACCCAACUGAAGUUAUUUUUUAUGAUUGACUGUUUUUAGUCAUCCUACAUAAUGUAAAGAACAUUUUGUAAAGAUAUGACCUUGAUGUCUUGUCAAAACUGAAAUCAUAGUGGAAUUGAUUAUCUCAUAAUUGGAUUAUGAGACCUUAGCCUGGAUUUCACAGACUGGGUCACAAUCAUGGUAGAAGGCAGGCCAGUCUGUGUUGUGUGAGAAUUGUUUUUAUCUUGAAUAAAUAUAACUGUUUGAAUAAAGAAACACAAAAAACA